UCUUUGGGUGGCGUCUCGGGUGUUCAUUCGCGUCUACAUGGUCUGACUUCUGAACUAUGCCAGCAAUUGUCGCUCGAAUGUACGUACACUCCUUACGUUCGUCAAAAACCUGCUUCACUACAGAAAAGGUAUUGCUUGCUCUCUGUUUGUCCGUCUCAUUCUGACGCAGAUAUGCUGGCCCAGAAACUAGUCGAUCUACUUCCCAGGUCCUCGAUGUCGAGGCCGAUAUUUCGAAGCUUCGCCUUCGAACGCAAUGCUGAUAACGCUGUGGCAACUCCUGACCCUUUAUUAUACCUUACCGGCUCCAAUCAUCGCCUUCCCGGCUUGGUGAAACGGCCUUGCAGUCCAUCGUCUGUCUUUCUUAAAUCUCCUACCUCCCCGUCUCAUCCAAAAUCAGGAAGAUCGAGGUCGCAAGAUCGGUGUCGUCAAUCUGCAUUGAAUCAGACCUUGAUGAAUGCAUCAGCAUCACAAGAAAAUACUCCGCCAUCCCUGAAGCGUCCGGCCAUUCGUAUUGAUGCUGUUAACCAUAUUUCUGCCCCUUGUGGGGUGUCUAAUCAUCGUCGGGGCGCUGAAUUUCGUUCCGACCGGUUCCUGGUGCAUCUAGUUCCUUCCUGGCGAGUAAAUGAUAUAAUCAGGGAGCGCUACAGGGGGGAUGCCGGAGUAUCGCGUGUUCUUCGGUCGCGAAAUUCGCAAUUCACUCGUGCGAAUUUCCUGAAACGAUCUCGCCCACCUGACGGCUAUGAAGAUACGUCAGACAACGCCUACAUGUCUCGGCACGCCCGCCUAGAGAUGGAGGAGAUCAAACGAGAGCGACUGUCUGACCAGCGUAUGGCAGAGGAGGAACUUCGCUUGCGAAAUGAGUUGCGGGAGCGUGAGAGUUGGCGCAAGCGGCAAGCCACACGGGUGGACAGUUUCGUGGAUAUUGAUCCGGAGAGGUUCAUGCCGAUGAGUUUGCUAGAACCCAUCAGCAAAGUCCGAUACAUUCACGUCAGGAGUCAUGUUCCUCUCAUAGCCUUCGGUGUGAAGGUUCCUAGACCGGAAUUCGGGUAA